AAGCGCCGAGUGAAAAGUGCGGAAACUCAAAAUGGCGGCCGGAAGAGAAGCAGCGCUUUAGUUCCACACAGCGAUUUCCAGCAGACAGAGAUGAAGGUGAAGAUAAAGCAGUGGCACGGUGUGGCCUCAUGGCUCUGGGUGGCCAAUGAUGAAAACUGUGGCAUCUGCAGAGCUCCAUUCAACGGCUGCUGUCCGGACUGUAAAGUCCCCGGAGACGACUGCCCGCUGGUGUGGGGUCAGUGCUCACACUGUUUCCACAUGCACUGCAUCCUGAAGUGGCUGAACUCGCAGCAGGUGCAGCAGCAGUGCCCCAUGUGUCGACAGGAGUGGAAGUUUAAAGAGGGAGAGACAACAUGAGGUGAUGGAAUAAACAAUUUACAAUGACAAAAAAAAAAAAAAAUCGCUGCUUUGUUUUACUCUUCUGUACACAGACAAUAAACAAAUACUGUACACUUCUGUUUAAA